AUGGAGCACGCAUCGUCCGCUGAAACUUCUAUCCCGGGACUCGUUAUUCUGCACUCGUGGCUGUCCGCGAACGCCCAGAAGUUACAGCCCCCAGUCAAUAAUCAAUGCCUGUACUUUGGAAAGGACUUCAUCUUAAUGGCGGUUGGAGGACCGAACACGAGGAAUGACUACCACAGUGGCAAAGUCAACCAGACAGAGGAGUGGUUCUACCAAAUCAAGGGUGACAUGCUGCUCAAGAUUGUCGAGAAUGGCACGUGCUUUCGUGACAUUGUGAUUCGAGAAGGCGAAAUGUUCCUUCUGCCUGGAGACAUCCCGCAUUGCCCAAUCCGGUAUAAGGAAACCAUUGGCCUUGUUAUGGAGCGCACUCGGCCCCCGCACGUAGUCGACCGCAUAAGGUGGUACUGCCCCAAUGCAGACGCUCACCAGACUGCCCCCAGCAUCAUCCGGGAAGAGUCGUUCCACUGCGCUGACAUCGAAACUCAGCUUAAGGAUCUCAUUAAUCAUUGGAUGACGGAUGAAAGUACACGAAAGUGCGGCGACUGUGGGGAGAUUGCGCCACCGCAUUGA